AUGACUGCAUCUGAUAUUAUUAAUCCUAUAAGAGACUUGACGCUUAGAUUAAAGGAAAAAUAUAUAGGUGAUAUUGUGGAAUGGUUUGAUAAUAAUUCAGAGGCCUUUUCUUUAACCGAUAGUAUAGAAUCAAUUAACGUAAUAAGCAUUGAAAAGCUAAUGCAGUUUUUGGAACUAAAGAAAUUUCAUAGAAGAGAAUUUUAUUACCCAAGCUAUGGAGAAGUUAUGGCAGAAGUAGAAAAACUAAAAAAUUAUUUCCCAAGAGUUUUAACAAAAGAACAAGUAUUAAUUAUAUUAGAUAAAUGGGUUAUUGAAGCUAACAUAAAGCAUGAAUUAAAGCUGGCCUUUAGAAUUUUUGACAGCGAAAGCCGAAAUUAUUUGGAUGUAGAUGAAAUUCGACUCAUAGUGACGGGAUUCGGUGAACCAUUUAAUGAUAAUGAAACUUUAGAACUUCUGCGCGAUGCUAAUGUUCGAGGAGAUGGUAAUGUAUUCUAUGAAGACUUUGUCGAUUCUCUGUUUAAUAUGGCACCUGAAUUAAAUGAAAUAAAGGCAAGUUUUAUCUUAAAAGUUUAA